AUGGAGUUAAACACAACAUACAGUGUAAAUAUAAUUAGCCAAAUUGACAAAGAACGUGGAUUAUUUGUCGUUGUUGAACGAUUUAAUAGUGGUUCAACAGGAUACUUUCAUCACUAUUAUGAACAACUUUCACUUUUUAAUGAUUGUACCGAGUGGUUUGAACGAUUUGAUUAUCCUAUUAUUGAAACUGGAAAGGUUGUAAUUGUUCAAGAUGACAAAGACCCCAGGGUUUGGAAGCGUGGUAUCAUAUCAAAUUGUCCUAAUUCUAAUAAUUUGCGUCCUGAAGUUUAUUUAAUUGACUCUCAGAGAUUUACUGACAAAGACACCAUGUUUGAAUUGAGAACAUGUCCGCCCAAAUUAUUGCAGCUUAUACUGCCAACUUACACUAUUGAUAUAAAUCUUUGUUUGGAUGAUGAUGAUUUAAAAACUGCAAUUACUAUCUUGAUAAAGAAAAAUCAGUAUGGUGAAUUAAGUUUCAGUUUUACUCCUCAAACUGUUGAAGAUAAUGUUUACUCAGGCGAAUUAAAAUUAUACUUUAAUGAAUUUUAUUUACCAUUAAAAAAGUUAUUAAAAAAUGUACGCACAAAAAAAAUGUUUGAAGACAUACCACUAUACAAAAAACAUCAAUAUUCAAAUUUCAAUCCAAUGGAAAUGAACUAUUUAAAAAAUAUUUUUAUACCAAGGGAGCCAAGUAAAAUGGUAUUUUUAGAUAGUAGUCUAGUUUCAAGUUCCUGUGACUUAAGUUUUAUCGAUGAUUCAAAUACAAAUUCGUCAUAUAAUUCUGCCAAUGAAUUUUCCUCCACCUCUAACUACUCUGAAAAUAUUUGCUUUAGCAAUGACUCAGAAAUAAAAAUUACAAAAUCACAAAAUAAUUGUAUUACUCCAAUAGUAAAACAAAAAGUUUACUCUUCUAAUAACUCUUUAAUGAAUAAGAGCAACUCUUCUUUGCAAUCAGCGAGUUCUGAUAAUAAUAAUUUCACCAUGGCAGAAAUAAAACAGUGUAACGAUUUUGUUGUAACAAGAAUGUCCAAAUUCAAGAAAAACACGGGUCGUCAACAAGAUAAUAAAUCAACUUUAACCCUUAAGGUAUUAGAAACACCUAAAACACAUUUAAAUUCAAUAAGUAAUAUAAAACCUAUGAAUAUUAAAAUGAACGAUUCGCUGAUAUGGUGGUCUGAUGAUGAUGAUGAUGACGACAAAAGCUAA